CUUCUAAUAUGUGCCACGGUCCCAAAAAGAGCAAAGGGGCCUCGUUCUCUCCCUUCCUUUCCGGCUGCACCUAGCUGACUGAGUACUGGUCCUGACGUAUAUAAGGAUGAGGAAGGAGAGAGAUAACAAUCCCUCCCAGCCAACCGAGACAGUACCACCGCGCGCUCCUCUUAAAAAUCCUUCCUCCUUCAACUGUUUCACUCACUCAUUGUCCCCUUCUCCUAUCCAAACCUUUAUAAUGGGCAUCGAGAUAACCACCCUCGUCAAAGGCGACGGCAUUAACUAUCCCAAGAGAGGGGAUACUAUCAUGAUGCACUACGUCGGCACCGUCGACGGCAAAGAGUUCGACAAUUCUCGCUCGCGACAACGACCACUCGUUACAAAAAUAGGUGUAGGUGCCGUGAUAAAAGGUUGGGAUGAAGGCAUACCCCGCCUCUCAGUAGGCGAACGCGCUCUUCUUGUCACCUCCCCUGAUUUUGCAUAUGGCGAGAAGGGGUUUCCACCAACUAUUCCCCCAAAUUCAACACUUCGGUUCGACGUCGAGCUUAUCAAAAUCAACUGAACCUGUUAAUUUCUCUUGGGUCUGAAAGGUUCUUGUUCUGGAUUGAAACAAAAUACCCAUCACUCCAUUGACCAAGUAGCCAACUCUUCUCACUAAUAUUCGUCGGGUCUUGGAAUGUCGCUGUCUCCUCUUCUCAUCAUCAUUAUUUCUUUUCUUUCGCAUAGAGUUCUUUUUUUUGGGGGGGUGGGGGCUACAACCGCUCUCUCCAAUUUUAACAUCCAUUUUGGGUUGAGUCAUUCGC